AUUGUGGGUGUUUAUGUAAAAUCAUGAUGGCGGCGGCCUGUGCGAGAACGCUUAGUAAGGUCUCACGGUUAGUUUUAGACACGACGACAUGCCGUCUAACAAACACCGCAGCAUUAGGGCCGAGAAUCUCCAUGAGAUGCCAAGGAAGGGCUUACGGUACCGGCGGAGCGGGAUUUAGAGCCAGAACGUUGCUCGCUGCGCCGGUGCGUGGCAGUGGGAGAGUCCUGGGAUGCGCCUUCUUGCUCGGUGGUGGUUUCGGCUUGUACCAGACCGUCAAACUCACGCUUCAGCGUCACCUUGCAGAGGAAAAACCAAAUGCACCUGAGCUGGGCACAGAUCUGAAGUUGACUCUGUAUCAGUAUAAGACCUGUCCGUUUUGCAGCAAGGUGCGAGCCUUCCUGGAUUGUCAUGGUCUGCCAUAUGAAAUUGUGGAGGUCAAUCCCGUCAUGCGACAGGAGAUCAAGUGGUCCACUUACAGAAAAGUUCCCAUCCUGAUGGUGAACGGGACGUUGCAACUCAAUGAUUCUUCUGUAAUAAUAAGUGUUUUGAAGACAUACCUGGUCAGCAGGGAAAAAACAAUAUCUGAGAUUCUCACUUGUUAUCCUGAGAUGAAGGCAAAAAAUGACAGUGGAAAAGACGUGAUAGAGUUUGGCAAUAAGUACUGGGUCAUGGUUCAAGACACAGAAGCUGAUCGUUUAUAUCCUGGAAAAGACACCAGAAAAGAGGAGAUUAAAUGGCGGAAAUGGGCAGAUGAGAGGCUGGUGCACCUAAUUUCCCCAAAUGUUUACCGCACGCCGACUGAAGCCCUUGCAUCCUUUGAUUACAUAGUGCGAGAAGGCAAAUUUGGGACAUUUGAGGGAUUCUUUGCUAAGUAUUUUGGAGCUGCUGCCAUGUGGAUCAUUUCAAAGAGAUUGAAAAAUAGACACCAUCUGCAAGAUGACGUGAGACAGGAUCUCUACAAGGCCGUCAAUGAUUGGGUGUCAGCCAUUGGAAAAAACAAGAAAUUUAUGGGAGGCGAUCAACCCAACCUUGCAGAUCUAGCCGUGUUCGGUGUUCUGAGGGUUAUGGAGGGCCUUCAGGCAUUUGAUGAUAUGAUGGAACAUACCAAGGUGAAGAACUGGUAUCAACGUAUGCAGAAGGCCACACAACGAGAGUCAUAAAAUCAAAGCUUCUGUCAUCGCCGCACAAACUUGAAGCCCCUGAUACCACAGCACAACUUUAAAAAACAGGCUUGAUGCCAUCUAAUGGUAGUCUACUGGUUUUGCAAAUCUUAAGACUAAUUUUUGUCCAGUUAUUUAUCUGGCUUCCAUUCUUCCUUUGCUCGGACUGUAAUCACGGAGCUAAGAAUUUAAUUUGAAGAGAUAAAAAAAAAA